UUCCGCAGCUAAGGGGCCGAGAGGGGGCGGGGAAAGGAACGAGGCUGGCGGGCCGGUUUCCUGUACGUACCCUCACACAGCGAGGGUCGGCUUUAGGCGCUCGCCUGAAGCCCAGGGUACUGACCUUAUCCCCGGCCAACCCACCGUGUCCUCAUUGCCUGUCGAGCCUCUCGCCCAAGUCAGGCCCGCCACUGAAGGCCCCGUCGGGGCUCCAGUUUCACCCCGGGGACUGGUCUCCUCAGGCGGGAGUUCUCCCAAAAGCCAUGUCCAGGACCUCCCUCAUCAGCUUCACUCCAGCCACCAACCCCAGUGACCUCUGGAAAGACGGGCAGCAGCAGUCACAGCCUGAAGAGCUGGAGCCCACCUUGGAUGGGACUGCAGCCAGGGCUUUUUAUGAGGCCCUGAUUGCAGAUGAGAGCAGUGUCCCUGAAUCUCAGAGAUCUCAGCCUGAACCUACCAGUAAGAGAAAGAGGAAGAAGAGAAGAAUGAUGAGGGAAGCUGCUGGAGGAGCCUCAGGAGGACAUGGACAAAGGAGAUCCCUUGAGGCAGAGGACAAGAUGACCCAGUGGAUACUGAGGGCAGCUCAGGAGGGAGACCUGGCAGAACUAAGAAGGCUGUUGGAUCCCCGUGAGGAAGGGGGCGCCGGGGGCAAUAUCAAUGCUCGGGAUGCCUUCUGGUGGACCCCCCUGAUGUGUGCUGCUCGAGCAGGCCAGGGGGCUGCUGUGCGUUAUCUCCUGGGCCGUGGAGCUGCCUGGGUGGGCGUCUGUGAGCUGGGUGGCAAGGAUGCUGCUCAGCUGGCCGAAGAAGCAGGUUUCCCUGAGGUGGCACGCAUGGUCAGAGAGAGCCAUGGAGAGACGAGGAGUACAGAGAACGGGUCCCAGUUCCCCUCCCUCCGGUACUGUGAGACCUGUGAUGCCCACUUUCAAGACUCUAACCAUUACACAUCCACUGCUCACCUGCUGUCACUGCCCCGUGAUCUCAGGUCCCCCAACCUGCCCAUUGGGGUUUCCGCCUCCAGCCCAGGCUUCAAGUUGCUGCUGAGGGGUGGCUGGGAGCCUGGAAUGGGGCUGGGACCCCGGGGUGAGGGCCGCACCAACCCCAUCCCAACUGUCCUCAAGAGGGACCAGGAAGGAUUAGGCUACAGAUCAGUGCCCCAACCCCGAGUCACACACUUCCUGGCUCGAGAUACUCGGGCCGUGGCUGGGAGGGAGAGAGCCCCUCGGGUGACCACACUGAGCCAGAGGGAGAAGAGAAGGCAGGAGGAGAAGGACAGGGCCUGGGAGCGGGAUCUGAGGACAUACAUGAACCUUGAGUUCUGACCUUGGUAAGUAAGGUCUGAUCCUGGUCUGUUGCUAAAGUCUGAACCUGGACCUAGGCACUUUGGCUUUUACUUCCUGAGGUCUCCAGGUCCCAGAUCCUCAGAUUUUAGUCGCUGGGCUCUGCCUUUGGAAGAGAGGAGCCGAGAGCUGAAAAUAAAUCAAACUUCUUCCUCU